UUUUUAUUAUCAAUAAAUGACCAACCCUAUCGUAUUUUUUGACAUUAAAAUUGGCGGCGAAGAUGCUGGCCGUAUAGUAAUGGAAUUAUUCGCGGAUAAGGUGCCCAGGACAGCCGAGAACUUUCGUCAGCUGUGCACGGGCGAAUACAGGAUUAACAAUGUUCCGCAGGGAUACAAGAACUCAAGCUUCCAUCGCAUUAUUCCUGGCUUUAUGGCGCAAGGUGGCGACUUUGUCAAGGGGAAUGGUAGCGGUCGGUUGUCCAUAUACGGCGACAAGUUUGCCGACGAAAAUUUUGAACUGAGGCACACAGGUGCAGGUCUUUUGUCGAUGGCCAACAGCGGCCCUGACACCAACGGAUGUCAGUUCUUCCUGACAUUACUUGAAACUCCAUGGCUUGAUGACAAGCAUGUUGUAUUUGGAAAACUUACUGACGGUUUGCUAACUCUAAGAAAGAUUGAGAACGUGCCAACAGGUCCAGAUAACAAGCCCAAAAUGCCGGUCAUCAUCUCAGAGUGCGGCGAAAUGUAGAAAUAGCUUUAUUUUAAAUUUACUUUUAAUACAUUAACAUCGAAAUAAAAUUAUUAUCAG